GCCUUCUCAACGGCAGUGCUACGCCAAAAUGACGUCUAAAAAGGACAAAACUCCUGUUCCUGUACAGCCGGUUCCAGAGAAGCGAGGCUACGAGUUCUUUGGCCCAUACGGCGCUUUUGCUAUCACCUUUGGCCUCCCCGUCCUCCUGUACGGCUUCACGUUCCUGUGCAACGAAGUCUCCGGCUGUCCUGCGCCAUCCCUGCUGCACCCCUCGACGUUGACGCUGGAUAAAUUGAAGGAGGAAGUCGGCUGGCCUGAGGGUGGAAUUCGUGCGCUUUAUGAUACCAAAGUUUUCCUCUGGGUGCUGGGCUAUUACCUGCUGCAGCUGGUGCUUUAUGUAGUUCUUCCGGGGCAGGUAGUCGAGGGCACUGAACUGGCUUGCGGUGGAAGAUUGCGGUACAAGUUCAAUGCUUUCCCUACCGCCGUGCUGAUUCUGGCUGGUCUGGCCGCUGGUACUUACCUGGACGGCGCCGACUUUGUUGUCUGGACAUUUAUCUGGGACAAUUACCCGCAGGUCAUCGCCGCCAACCUGAUCAUCUGCUCGUCGCUUGCAGCUUUCGUCUAUCUCAAUAGCUUUUCCGUUCCUGCGCCCGGCAAACCUAACCCCGAGCUUCGACAGUUGGCGCCCGGGGGGCACUCUGGCAACGUGCUCUACGAUUUCUUUAUCGGACGCGAACUGAACCCUCGGGUGCGACUCCCAAUUCCGUUCGUCGACGAGGCUUCUCGGACCAUUGAUAUCAAAGUCUGGUGCGAGAUGCGCCCUGGAUUGCUCGGAUGGAUCAUCAUGAACCUGUCCAAUAUCGCCCGCCAGUACAGGACGUUCGGAUACGUGACCGAUUCCAUUGUCCUCUCGACGGCACUGCAGGCUUUCUAUGUUCUGGACGGACUCUACAUGGAGCCGGCUCUUCUGACCACCAUGGACGUGAUCAUGGAUGGUUUCGGAUAUAUGCUUUCGUUCGGCGAUCUCGUCUGGGUUCCCUUCAUCUACAAUCUGCAAACCAGAUACCUUGCAAUGUUCCCUAACGAACUUGGCCUGCGGGGUAUCGCUCUCGUGCUGGCCCCGACAGUCGUGGGAUACAUGAUCUUCCGCGGUGCCAACAACCAGAAGAACCGCUUCCGUACCAACCCCAACGACCCGCGGGUCAAGGACAUCAAGUACAUCGAAACUGCUUCUGGCUCCAAGCUCAUGACCUCUGGCUGGUGGGGCCUAGCCCGGCACAUCAACUACCUCGGCGACUGGCUUAUGUCCUGGUCGUACUCCCUGCCCACCGGGGUUUCCGGCUUCGUCAUUGUCAACAGCGUGAGCCCGUCCACUGGCGAGCUAGAGAAGCGAGCCGUGCAGACACCAGAGUCGCGCGGCGCAGCUCUCCUAAUCACUUACUUCUUCUUGAUCUACUUUGGAGUCCUGCUCCUCCAUCGCGAGCGUCGCGAUGAGGAGAAAUGCAAGAAGAAGUAUGGCAAGGACUGGGAUAGAUAUACUUCCCUUGUUCGCAGCCGUAUUAUCCCAGGUGUUUACUAG